CCUAUCAGUGACAUCACCAUGUGGACUGACUCAACAACUGUGCUAAACUGGAUUCAGUCUGAUUCAUGUCGCUAUAAGGUGUUCGUGGGCACACGCAUCUCUGAAAUCCAGACUCUCACAGAAGUCACCAACUGGAGGUAUGUCAACACAGCUGAUAACCCAGCAGACGAUCUGACCAGAGGCAAAUCACUGCUUGAGCUCAGCCGCCCACAUCGCUGGAAUCAAGGGCCGCAAUUUCUUCAUUCCCAUCCAAGUUCCUGGCCAUCUUUACCCGUCCUAGAGCCCCACAGCAAGGAUAAAGAAUUGAAGAAAGCUGUCUUUUGUGGCAAUACCACAGUUACAAGUCCUCAGCUGCCCGACAUCAGUCAGUUCAAGACUUGGACUGACCUCAUAAACACCACUCACCAGUUCCUUCAUGGGGCGGCUUGUGGUCCAGAAAAGUGUAAUGGGACUGCUGCAGAUGCCUUGGACACCGAACUCUAUUUACUGAAACGAGCACAAGAAGAGAGUUUCCCAGAUGAACUAUCUGCUCUGCCCACCAAAGGAUCAGUAUCCCCUCAAAGUCGAUUAGCUGCUCUUGCUCCAGAGUGGGACAAAGCUCUUGGUCUCAUACGGGUCGGAGGAAGACUUCGGAGGGCAGAAGACUUAGAUCCAGACACUAUCCAUCCUAUAGUGCUGGAUUCUAAGCACCAUAUCACACAGCUGCUUAUUCAGAAAUAUGAUGAUGAAUUGCACCAUCCUGGGCCAGAACGAGUUUUUGGUGAAAUUAGGCGCAGAUACUGGGUCUUAAGAGGCAGAGAGGCAGUUAAACGUCACCAGCAUAAUUGCCCCGAGUGUAGAAGGUGGCGAGCUACUCCUGUGAUACCCAAGAUGGCAGAUUUACCAUCCGCCAGGCUCCGUCUGUACAAGCCACCCUUUUGGUCCACUGGAGUGGACUGUUUUGGCCCGUACAGUGCCAAGAUUGGACGGCGAUUAGAGAAACGCUGGGGAGUCAUAUUCAAGUGUAUGACUACAAGUUGUGUACACCUGGAUCUAUUGGAGAGCAUAGAUACAGAUGCUUUUCUGAUGGCACUGCGGAGAUUUGUAGCCAGACGGGGUAAGCCUUUUGAGAUUCUGUCUGACAGGGGCACAAAUUUCAGAGGUGGAGCAGCGGAACUUCAAGAUGCCUUUGCUUCACUGGAAGAUUCUCUCCGUCAGCAUCUUGCAGACCAACAGAUUGCCUUCAGAUUUAACCCUCCAAAUGCACCACACUUCGGUGGUACGUGGGAACGAGAGAUCAAAUCUGUUAAAGCUGCUCUUCAAGUGGUGCUCGGGAAUCAGACAGUGAUGGAAUCCGUCUUGCGCACUGUCCUGAUAGAAGUUGAGGGCAUCAUUAAUUCAAAGCCACUCGGAUACAUCUCUUCAGACGUCGCCGAUCCUGACCCUGUAACCCCGAAUCUGUUAUUGAUGGGCCGAAAAGAUGCUUCACUUCCUCAGGCAGUCUACUCUCCAAGUGAUCUCUGCAGACGGCGCUGGCGCCACAGCCAAAUUCUGGCAGACCAUUUCUGGUCUAAUUUCAUCCGUCAUCAUCUGCCAGAUCUUCAGAAACUUCAGAAAUGGCAAGCAGAAACUGACAACCUAACCACUGACCAGGUGGUAAUGGUAGUGGAUCCUCAGUUGCCACGAGCCAUGUGGCUUAUAAGGCCGAGUGACUAACACCUUCCCUGGUGAAGAUGGACGCAUUCGUGCAGCAGAAGUACAGGUGAAGGGUCGGACAUACAUCCGGCCAGUUGCGCGGCUGGUGAGGCUACCAGUAUGGACUGAUGAUGACGACACGUCAUGCUGAAGGAGCUUAAAGACUUUCCUUUAUACAUUCAAAUUUAGUUCUAAAUUUGGGGGCGGCUUUGUAGGAAAGUCUUAUUGAUUAUAUUUCAGUUAAUUUAGUGAGGUGUAGUUCAUAGACGCCCACUAGAUGGCGCCAAAGCCCCACAGUAAUUGUUAUUUUCUAAGUGUUAGUUUGUGUUUUGUCCCUUGCGAGCUCCUGUAGUUCCCUCGUGCAGUCUACCGAGCUGGAAGCAGCUGCACUGUGUGUUUGGUGGCAAAUACUCUUUAAAUUCACCAUUUGUGUGCGUCAAUUUGACCAAACCACACAUAUACCAUACACUUACGCUCCACAGACACACACCUAUGAUCACAACACUAUCUUGUACUGAGCUGAUGUCCCAGUGCUGUGUACUCAACACUAAAUUGGCUAUUAAAGAUCUGUUGAAUGAA